AGCUUCAAGUGCAGGACCACGGUCAAAGAAAGUCUUAUGAAAUAUAAGUAACUAUGGAUGUUUAAGACAUGGGAUGUUGGUGGGUAAUUUUGGCGGGAACUCUCACGACGUUACUAGCGCAGACAGGCCGUAGUCAGGACGUUACGGGGUCCUCCUUUCAACCUGCACAGGUUGGUUCAACGUGUCAGAUAGUGUACAGUGCACAGCCGUGCCCGCAGAACGUGUGUUCCUGUCCGCCGUGCCCGGCCUGUGUCUGUCAGUGUUAUAAGGAUAACGUCACCGCACCUGUUACACCCCGGCCCACACAGGGGGUGUGUACGCAGGACGGAGCAGACUCAGUAAGUGUUGCUAGAGGAUGUGACGUGUUGUACAAGAGCGGUGUCCGUGCCAACGGUGUGUACACGACAGACCCGGACGGUGGGGGACAGAUAGAGGUGUACUGUGACAUGGAGAGUGACGGGGGAGGGUGGACAGUCAUCCAGAAGAGACAGGACGGAAGUGUGGAUUUCUUCCGUGACUGGGAUGCCUACAAGAGGGGGUUCGGAGAUCCGCGGGAGUUUUGGAUCGGCUUGGAACACAUCCACCGUCUGACCAGGGAUAGACCAACGGACCUCCGUGUAACAGUGGCAGACACUGGAGGCACUGAGAAGUUCGCUCGGUACAGGGGCUUCAAAGUCGAGGACGAAGACACGAACUACACGUUACGGCUGGGCCUGUACCUGGAAGGUUCGGCGGGGGACUCCCUGGAGUACCACCGUGACAUGGCGUUCAGCACCCCGGACAGGGACAACGACAGGUCCGCCUCUAACUGUGCAGAGGAUGGCAAGGGUGCCUGGUGGUUUAAAGACUGCCACACCAGUGAUCUGAACGGCGCGUACCACGGCGGCCCCUCCCAGUCCAUCAACUGGUACAGCUUCUCAGGAGACAACGUUCCUCUGGCGAGAGCAGAGAUGAAGCUUCGGCCCUCCGACUUCUAGAAGACACGUGUCUUAAAGAAGAAGCCAUACUGGAGAACAUUUUCUUAAUAAAUGAUGUCGCGUCCAUUGUGUUGUAACGUUACAUCAACAUGGUAUGGCAUUGUUAUUGUAUUAACGUUAUAUUGUAUUUCUUGUAUACAUAUAACGUUAAGCCUAGGUAUCAUCGUAUACUUUUAUUUUCUAUUAAGGAUGAAAAACAGUGGAUGCUGUUUGAAACGUCUAUUAGAUUAUAUAUCAAUAGUGUUUGAUUAGAAAGUUAUGCUGUGAGAAUCGUCUAAUUUGUUUGAGAAAAAUUUGAUCGACCAACAGCCAUCUUUUCUUUAGUUGUUUGUGUGCAAUUUCAGACCCGAAUCAUGACGUUUUUUUUGUUUUGUUUUUUUGUUACCAAGAACUAGAAAGACAAUGGCUUCUGUCCCAGCUUAGUGAAUGUGGCACUGUAAUUUAAAGAUUAUUUCUGGAUGGUAUUUAUAGUACGGAGCAAAUUAUGUAAAAUAGAGCACGUUGAACUGUAAAAAUAAUGUGAUAACUAAUGUGAUCGAAAUUAAUAAAUUUGCGCUCUCAAUCUCU